AUGGAUAAUGAUAAUGGGACAGCAGUGACUAAAUUUAUUUUGUUGGGAUUCUCAGAUUUUGGAGCCUAUCAGCUUCCCAUUUUUUGGGGAGUACUCUUUAUCUACCUGGUGACCCUGCUGGGCAACUCCCUGAUCAUCACCCUUACCCUGCUUGACUCAGCCCUGAAUACUCCCAUGUACUUCUUUCUCAGACAUCUCUCUAUUGUAGAGAUUCUCUACACUACCACUAUUGUGCCUAGGAUGCUGAGUGAUCUCCUCUCCUCAUAUCCUGUCAUCUCUCCUGCUGGCUGCUUCACCCAGAUGUAUUUCUUUGCCCUCUUUGGCAUUGCUGAAUGCUGUCUGCUCACUGCCAUGGCUUAUGAUCGUUUUGCUGCCAUUUGCCGGCCCCUGCACUAUGCCACACUGAUGAACAGGCAGGUGUGUGUGGGUAUGGUGGGUGCUUCUUAUCUAAUGGGGAUCACCACAGGAACCACCCACUCCAUCUUCAUCUUUACCUUGCCCUUCCAUGGCACCAAUAUUGUUCACCACUUUCUAUGUGACAUUUUACCAGUUUUGAGGCUGGCCAGUGGAGACACAUUCUGGGGUGAAGUUGGAAAUCUUGCUGUCACCCUUCUCUUUAUCAUUACUCCCUUUGCACUGAUCUUGUUUUCCUAUGUUCGUAUUCUCAUUACUAUCCUUGGGGUUGCCUCUACUCAGGGACGUCAAAAAGUCUUCUCUACUUGCUCUUCCCACCUAAUGGUUGUCACCCUCUUCUUUGGGACUGGGACUAUUGCCUACAUGAGACCUCAAGCCAGUUCGACCCAGGACAUGGAUCAAAUUCUCUCCCUUUUCUACACAGUUGUAACCCCUAUGUUCAACCCUUUUAUUUAUACCCUGAGGAACAAGGAAGUGAUGGGAGCCCUGAAGCGUAAACUAACAAAACACCUUUGA